CGCCGUAAUCAAGGAGAAGAACAAGACUGCUCUUUUGAAGCGGGUGUGUAUCUGUGGCGAAGAUUGCCUUGUCAUUGUAUUCAGAGAGAAACGCGUGGUCAGUGGCACCACCGACAGCUCCUCUGCAGCCUCACUGGUACUUGGUGGUGUGUAAAGUCAGACUUUGAACCAGACAUGGAUUUAGAAAAGAGUGGCGAGGUUUUAGAUGUGUCAGAGCCUCCACAGCAAGAGAAAGGUGUAAUGGAAAAAGAGGUUGUGUCAAAAUUGGAGAUACCAGAGGAAUCCACAGAGCCUGAGAAGCCACCAGCUGCUGACGGAGGAACUGAGCAGCUGCUGCCAAUGAACGGCCAUGGUAAAGAAGUCGAUGACUUGAAAGAAACAGAGGAGGUGAUUGUUACAGAAACGGUUACAUUCUUUGAGGAAAACACCAAAAUGGAAAUCGAGGACACCCUGCUCUUAGAGAAAUCUGUGGAAUCAUUGCCCGUUGUGGCGGCUCCACCAGAACCAGAUGAGUCAUCCGAAAAGAUCUCUGACCCAGUGGCAGUUUUAGACGAAGAACCAGAAAACACCCAGCCUCAAGAGCAGCAAGUGUCAGAGAAUGACCCAGAACCUUUGCUUGUGCAAACACCUCUGGCAGACGUUACCACUGAACCCGAGCCAGAGAAACUGUCAGAAUCAGUCUCUGAAAAAGAAUUAGAAGCGCAAACCUCUCCUGAUCCAGCAGACGUACAGCAGCUGAUGGAUACAGAACCACCCGGUCAGGAAGAGACGGUGUCAGAACCAGUGGAAACUGAAACAACGCUGCAGACUUCUCGGGAUACUCAGGCAGAAGAUGUUGCCAAAGAGAGUGUGGAAGAAGAUGACGUGGCAGUCGAAAAUGACAUGGCAGCUGAACCCACAGGGGAGGCAGAAGAAGAAGAAAAACCUGCAGAAAGGGAGACAUUGGCGGAGACUGUGAUAGUGACAGAAGCUUCCUCGGGAAAUACGGCAGAAUCUGAAGAACUGGUUCAGACUGUGUUGGUGACGGAAGCUCCGGCAGAAACGAUGAAAGUCAUGGAGACUGAAUUUGUGGCUGACAUUACCGCAGAAACGGAGAAAACAGUGGAGACUGAAUUGUUGGCCGACACUGCACCAGAAAAGCCAGCAGAAACGGAGAAGAUAUUGGAGACUGAAUUGUUGGCCGACACUACACCAGAAAAGCCAGCAGAAAAAGAGCAACUUGUGGCGACUGAAUUGGUGGCCGACAUUGCACCGGAAAAGCCGGCAGAAACAGAGAAAAUAGUGGAGACCGUGCUGGUAUCUGAUGUUUCCUCAGAAAAGCCAGCGGAAGCUGUGACCCUAAAGGAGGAGGCACCGGCCGAAAUUGAGAAUAUAAAACCUGCAGAGGAGAAAAAGGAAGUUGAACCAGAAAAAUCCAUUGAGUCUGAAGCUCUCAAGGGAGUGGAAGCUGCAACAGAGGGUGAAAGUGUUACAUCGGAGGCGAAAGAUGUCGAACUGGAAAAAGAAGAGGAAACGGUCCCUGCGUCCGGCUCGUUAUUGUUUGCACUCCUGCAACAAGAGCAGACAAAAGACGCCCUGCGAACCUCUCGUACCCUGGUUGUCCUCAGGGGCCUUCCGGGAAGUGGCAAAAGCUUCUUGGCGCGUGCCAUCGCCGACACAUACAAAGACCACUGCUCUGUUUUCUGUGCCGACGAACAUGGCGUGAAGCCGGAGAGUCCCGAAACGUCCGCCGACGGAUACAAGGCUCUGGACGAGGCCGUGGUGGGCUGCUGCAGCGCGGGAGCGGCCUCUUCUGUGCUGGUGGUGGUGGUGGAUGACACCAACCACACCCAGGAGCGGCUCGCCCACCUGGGGGAGAUUGCUGACCAGCACCAUCUUGUUGCCGUCUUCUUGGAGCCGCGCACUGAAUGGAGUAGAGAUCCUGCACAGCUGACCAAGAAGACCAGGCGUGGACUGGAUGAGGCCCAGCUGGAGGCCAUGAGAGGUCCUCUAGCUGAGAUGGCCCUUCCUCUUUACUUCGGCUGGUUCCUUCUCUCCUCCGUCCAGGACAAGAUCAGGUGCACAUCCAUGGACUUCCUGAAGACCCUGGACACCUUGGAUGCCUUCAAGAAGCACUUGAUUGACUUCACUGGGAAAGCUGAAAAAGAGGUGGAUUUGGAGCAAUACUUUCAAGCCAAAGGAACCCUCCAUUGCACUACAAAAUUCUGUGACUAUGGGAAAGCAGAGGGUGCCAAAGAGUAUGCGGAGAAUCAAGCAGUUAGCGAUCUCUAUGGAUCUGUGUCCGAGCUCUCACUGAGUGCUCUUUUUGUCACUCCGCGUACUGUUGGUGCCAGAGUGUCCCUCACCGAGGAGCAGCUUGUGCUGUGGCCAGCUGAUGCCGAGAAGGAGGCAGAUGUCCCCGCAGCUGCCUCCCUCCCUCGGGGCAGCCGCGCCCACAUCACCCUGGGCUGCUCGGAGGGCGUGGAGCCAGUUCAAACGGGCGUGGAUCUGCUGGAGAUCCUGGCCCUGCAGCAGGAAGGCCAGCAGGGGGAGCUGGUGGAGGAGAUGGAGCUCGGCUCGCUGACCUACUACGGCAGUGGAAGGUGGCUGCUCAGUCUGAGAGAGCCCAUCUGCGCCCCUGCCUGCUUCUCCAGCUACUACGGGCGCAAGGAGGCUGAACCAACCAAAAAGGAACCGGAGAGGAGGAGGAAGCCAAAGUGCACCAUACUGUAGAUGGCAAACAUGGGGGGGGGAGGGGGGUGUGUGUGGUUGGGAUAACUAGUUGGUUAAAACUUCAGAUUACCCUGUGAAUGGUUUGUGUGUUUGUGCAGCAUUAAGGGUCCAGAUGUAGCCACCCUAAAUCCACAUGCUGUGUGCCUUUUUAUUAUUGAUUUGCACCACAACCCAAGAUGCCUUCAAUCCAGUUAGGCUUGCUGUUAAAUGUUCAGUGUCAGGUUUCACAUAUCGGCGCCAGAGUUUCACAACCUGGCUAUUUGCUUAGGUGUUAUUAGCUGCAGUUUUAGACCAAGGUAGUGUAUCCUCCUCCCACAGCGGUUCUCUUAAACUUACAUUUACUCUUCUAUACAUUUUAGUGUUUCUAAGUAUACAGGUGAAAUACUAGGUACUUUCAUUGCAUGCAUUACAGGAAAGCAUUUCAACAGUCACACACCUGCUAAACGUUCCUCUGACGCUCCAGCACUCUGUCUGGUGUCUCCUUUGUCAUAUCUGUCAUUUUCAUUUCACUAUGUUUACGCAGCCUAGAAGAAAAUACCAUAUGGGCCAAAGUUAUCUAUUUGUUUAAGUGUAUUAGAAUGAAUGUCAUUAAUAGAGGUCUUUCCGUUUAAAAUAUUUGCACUCUGUAUUGUUUGUAGCGAGAAUUCUGAUGCAUGUUUCAGCGCUUGCACUUAGAACUUACGAAAGGCUGUGAAUCCAUGUUGUUUUGCAAUCUUUUCUACUGCGCUAGACUGCACCACGUAUCCCUUUUAUCCUCUUUGAGCAGCACUUCAUGUAUUGCAUUUCUCUUUGUAUCCUCUGUCAUUUUUGAAGGACAACUCCUACUUUAUGUAGCUCUUAUGAAUCCCUAUUUUUGCACUUGUUUUGUACACUUAAUAAAAAAGAACAUGCUUUGCGCCAGGAAUGCAA